GUCCUUUACUUCUACAGACCUUGAGCCCUUAGUGUUUCCAUACUGCGGUAGAAUGUGAGUGCCCAUCACCCCUUCCUUCCUUCGGCAUCUUGGCUAGUCACCUCCAUCGGUGUCCCCUGCUGCGGAUCUCACGAUCUCACCUAUCCAUCUUGCUCCCCACCUUUUGAUCCCGUCUUCUCUUUCCCGAUCCUCUUAACCCUUAUGCGUCAUCCCGGGGAGGCGCGUCGGGAUGCGGGCUAUAACUAAGAACCCAACCGUUUCUCCCGUUCCUUUCUUCAACAACACACUCAUUCGUCUUCCAUCUUCUUGUUCACCCGUCUUCUUUCGCAUUGCUGCUCUUCGGCUUUUGGAUAGCUGUCGUUCGUUCUUGUUCGCUUUGCACUCCACCAUCCAUCAACUUUGAGGUAUGUCGCUAUCCCUACUCCUUAGCCAUGUAUCUGCAUCCACAAUUUUUCCACUUUGAUUUACAUCCCGUCUCGCAAAUCUGUGUUGACAAUGCCAGGAUAUUUGCACCCAACCAUCUCACGUCUCGCUGCUUGCUCGAACUGUCCUCUCAUUGGACCUCUAAUACCAACGCCCAGUCACAUGGACAGCUCGUUGUCUGCCUACUCGGUGGGCGGACCAUCUACGAUGUCUCUCGCAUACAAGGUUGAAGAAUUGCUCGCGCUUCGCGACUCGGUCUCGGAAUCAGCUGUGUCGAUAGACAAGUUCGCCGAUGAGGACGUCAUCAAAGGUCAGUGAUCGAUCACUUCACCUUUCAUCCUUCACCAUGCAUGCCUCACCUCAUCACUCCUGUUGUCCUUGGCACACCGUUUAAGUCUCUUUGGCUCGCUCACCCACCAAACAUCGACAUUUCUGCUACCUCACCGAUCGAGCUCCCAACACAUGCCUCUCCCGUCUCCUCCUCUUGACCUGUCAACAUCAAGACUGACCAUUUUGUUCACUUAGAACACGUUUUGCGCCCGUCCGUAUCCGCCUCUGCGAACCUGAUUCGCGUCUCGUCGAGCAGGAGUCUACGGCCACCCAUCGCACCAGCCGCUGGAACUGCACCGCAGAAGAGA